UCUCUCCUCCACCUGUGGAAUGUCCAACCCGUAGAGAAGGAAGUUGAGCUUUGCUGCCAAACAUCCAGUUCUGGUCAUUUACCCAUCUCCCAUCUGAUCAUGACUACUAAAACACCAUUAGCACACUCCCAGGCGGACACUAACAGCACUGUGGCAUCCAUCCCAGUCAUUAAUAGCACUGUCACUGCCAUAACCAAUAGCACUGUCAUUGCCACCACCGGGAGCACUGUCAUGGCCACCACCGAUAGCACUGUCAUUGCCACCACCAAUAGCACUGUCCAUGCUACCACUGCUGUGCCUGGCUUCAUCGACAGCCUGCUGAACAAGAUCCCCUUGCCAAGAUGGGCCAUCUAUGCCAUAGUGGCUCUCAUUCUGCUGGUGGUGCUGAUCUGCGUGCUGUGCAUUUGCGUCAAGUGCUGCUGCCGGGGGAAGAAGAAGAGGAAGAAAAAGCUGGACCAGCAGGUCAACCUGAAGGGCCUGAACGGCUCCACCACCACGGCACUGGUCCAGCCGGAUGUGGACGAUGUGGAGUACGGCUCAGCAAAUAACCCCAGAGGAAGGCUCCUGUACUCACUGGAGUACAACGCACCCAAAUCUGAGUUGACAGUAGGAGUAAAGGAGGCGGCUGCCCUGAAGGCCAUGGACCUCGGGGGAACCUCUGAUCCCUAUGUGAAAAUGUAUCUUCUUCCCAGCAAGUCCAAGACAUAUGAGACCAAGGUCUUCCGGAAAACACUUCAACCUGUGUUUAACGAGCAUUUCAAGUUCCAGAUCAGCCAAGCUGAACUGAGUGAGUCGACGCUGGUGAUGCAGGUGUAUGAUUUCAAUCGGUUCUCCAAACAUGAUGUGAUUGGAGAGCUCAGAUUAACACUGUCUGCGGUGGACUGGAACCAUGUGAUCGAGGAGUGGCGGGAUCUGACCGAAGCCUCCAAAUUUGAGCAAGAGAAUCUGGGAGACAUCUGUUUUUCGCUGCGCUAUGUCCCAACGGCCAGUAAGCUUACAGUUGUCAUUCUUGAAGCAAAGAAUUUGAAAAAAAUGGAUGCUGGAGGUUCCUCUGAUCCUUAUGUGAAGGUUCAAUUGGUACUGGACAGGAAGAAAUGGAAGAAAAAGAAGACAUCAGUGAAAAAGAGAACACUUAAUCCUUACUUCAAUGAAUCGUUUACCUUUGAAGUUUCUUUCGACCAAAUUCAGAGAGUCCAGUUGGUGAUUUCUGUGUGGGACCAUGACAAAGUCAGCAGGAACGAUGCCAUCGGCAAGAUCUUCCUGGGUUGCGAUGCCACAGGCAACCAGCUGCGGCACUGGGCAGACAUGCUGUCCAACCCGCGCAGGCCCAUGGCCCAGUGGCACACGCUUCUGCCCGCCGAGCAAGUGGACACCACUCUGGCACUCAAGCACACCAUCAAGAUUCCUUUCACCGGCAAAACCUUCUGAUGGCCAUUCAGGAAGAAGAACCAGAAGAUACCUGAUAAUGACCAAAUAGGGACCUGUGAUCAAUGAAACAUCACACUUGGGACUAACGUACUGUACAGUACACACAAACACUCAGGAGGAAAUGAACACAGACAUAUUAUGAACUCUCAGGAAAGGUCCUUUCAUGUUUUUAGUGUAGUUCAUGAAAUGUAAGGGUGAAUAAAUUUUCUAUUUAAUGAUUUAAUAGUUAACUCUGUCUUGAAAAUAAUCUGAAAAUAAUUACUGCUCAUCAGAUAUUUUCGGUGCAAUCGGCAUUAUCCCUGCAAGGAGACAUAUCCAUUGAAUGACCAUUUCGUCGACUGAUCAUGCCAAAAUGAUUCCUCAUUUCCUGUGAGGGGGCACAAAGUGGAGAUGCUUUGCUGAUUAAAAUCCAUGUUUUUCCCUUCCA